GUUACAUGCCAAGGUUGAACAAUAGGAGCUACUGUGGUGCUGACAAAAGGGCAUUGAAGAAUUAAAGAAUGCCCCAGUAUCUCGAUUAUUCGAAAGUUGGUUUGUGUGAUUUGGUUCUAUAUAUGUUGUAUAAGCGGAAAAGAACAAUCCGCCCGGUUUUAAUUUGAACGACUUCCAAGCUUCGGUCUGUUGUACUGUCGCACCCCGCUCUUACAAUGGUCAACAGUGGCCAAGGCGAGUUUGAAUGCGCCAUUUGUCACCGCCAAUACGCAGCGCGUUCAUCAUACACGAGGCACACAAAACAGUGCCUUGAGCAGUCUGAAGUGACGCCGCGGCAGAAAUCCUGCCAUGAGUGCUCCAGUGCCAAAGCCCGGUGUGACCAACAGCGGCCGCGCUGCUCCCGCUGUGUAGAGCGGAAUGCACACUGUGAAUAUGUUUCCGGGAAGAGCAUCAACCACGCCAAGCAAGUUAACUCUCAGGAUUCUAACGCUCAGCUUCCUCAUAAACAAAGGAGUGAUGAGAUUGGGGAUUCAUUUCUUGAGGCACUAGGAGCAGAGCAACAGACAUGGGACGCCCAAAUUACCUCAAUGGACUAUCUUCCUCCAAAUGGCCAGGGCGUGUCUGAUCAAAACGCCCCAGUAGUCUCUGAACACUCCAGCAACCAUUCCACGCCACGGUCCACCGCUUCGACGGGCUGUCUCAGCGCAACACUAUCAAGCCGGACCAUUGACACAGCAGCAACCUCAAACCACUCACCGAAGGAUUCGAACUACCCUGAACAGACAAGGCAACUAGUACCAGAUGAGGAUUUUAACGUUAUCCGCGACCGGUGGCUGUAUCCUUAUAUCGAACCCUCACCUCUCUCGUACGCGCUCAGGGAGCAGAGCAUGUUCUAUCUAUGUCGAGUCUUUCGCACUUUCCCCCGCAUGAUGGCUCGAAGGGAACGACUUCCCCCAAUGAUUCACCCCAUGCAGGCAACCCAGGAAAUGAAGCUGCCUCUCAAAAACUGCUUUUCGAUUACGAGGAUGUGGGAGGGCGGCGCGGAGGAAGCUAGUAGCUUAGUCCAGGGGACCAUUGAGCGAGAAAUGGAGAGGUUGUUUGCUGAAUACCGCACCUACGACGAGGAAACUCUUAUCACAGCCUUUCAGGCCCUUGUUAUCUACGCUAUAAUCCUCCUCUUCCCAACGCCACAAAAGCCCACCACUAAGAACCUGUCCCUGCAAACAGUUGUCAACCUACAGGAAGUGGGCUACCACGUUGGACAGACAGGCCUUAUGCUGCAUGCAGAGGCCUCGCAUGUGCGUCCCACGUGGGACGCGUGGAUCCUUAUGAACGCCAAACGGCGCACAAUGAGCGCCCUGUACUGCCUGGAGUGGAUAUACGCGAUGCUCAACAAGCUUCCCACUUUCCCCUGCAAGGAAUUAGGCUUUAUGCCAGCUGUGUGCAGCAAGGCCCUGUGGCAUGCGAGGACCAAGGAUGAGUGGGAAGCGAUAUACAACUGCUGGCUGGCACGGUGGACUGUGGGUGGGGGAUACUUAAUGCGGGAGCUAAUGGCGGUCGAGCCUGGGCCUGAGCUUGAUCUACGGACGGAGAUGUGGCUUGAGGAGGUUGAUGAGUUUGGCAUGAUGUAUAUGAGUCUUGUGAACGCAACUGAGGUCCCUGGUGGAGGAGGUGAACUACGACCCGAAAAGCAGAGCGUCGAGACCUGAUCAGUUUUCGGGCUUCACAUAGACUUCUUUCCUGUUGCAUUACGGUAUUAAUGAUUAAAUGAGGAUAUAUACUAUUUGAGGCGUAAAUAACAGUUCAUACGAGAUAACUUGGUUGAUAAUGCUCUCCAAACCCAUAUGCUUCAAGUGAUAAAUGGCUCUAUCGCGGAUGAAGGACGGAG